GACGCCGCUACUGCCUCGGGGGGUUCUGGAACCACAGACGCCGCUACUGCCACGGGGGGAUCUGUAACCACAGACGCCGCUACUAGCACAGGGGGAUCUGUAACCACAGACGCCGCUACAACAACGGGAUCUGUUAAUACAACGGGAUCGGGAGCUAGCAACAGCACACAGUUAGCAGAAGGCUCUAUAGUUACCACUACAAAUGGAUUGCUCCCCCUACCAGGUGGUUCUGGGGCCAGUUGUACAACCGUUUCUCUGGGCAUCGUGAUUUUGCUGUUUGCUGCCAUCGAUCUCGUAUUAGUAUAACAUGUGACAAAUAUUGGACGUCACUGGUAACGUGAACGAGAUCUCGCAACGUGUUACAAAAGACAGAUUUCCUACAGUGGUCGGGUCACAUUUGCUCAUCGGCCGGCGCCCGGUCGAUUGGGUGUUUUGAUCAAAACUGAAUACAAUGUUGAACAAAAUGCUCGAUCGGGCGGGCACCGGCCUAUGAAUCGGAGCAAAUUUGACCCCCCCCCCCCCUACGUUCUGGACUGCCGACGAAUACGACAAUCAUGCAAGGGAACUUCUUUUAAAAUUAACUAUGUAUACAUGCCUCUUGACGUAUGAGUGACCCUUCUUGUAAAUGCGAACUAUCACAAAUUUAGUUUCGGUUAAAAAGUGGUCAAAAAAUUAACGAGAGAAAUUGAAAAAAAAAGAAAAAGAAAAAUAAGGUGUCUGUUUGGUACAUUUUUUUUAUUUAGCUCAUCCCAGUCAUAAGUGUAUAACUCAUAAGUCCUGUUGACAAAACAGGAUAUUUUUAGAACAUUGUGACCUUGAGCUUGUAACAAUAAUAAACAUUGAAAACAUGAAUUAUAAAUCACAACUAAGCAUGAAUAUAAUAUAUUACAAUAUCGUCAAUACCAUAAUAGCAACCAAAGUUCUUAUCAUUUAAUGUUGAAAUUGUAUAUAAUUGUAAAUAAUUUGUGUUUUU